UUUCUCCUCAGAUAAAAACCCUUCGUUUACUUCCCUGCAUUUGGCUCUUUCUUCUCUCUCUCCCUCCCUCUCCAGAUUCUAGAGAGAGAAGCUGAUGCAGAUAUGGAUAUCGGUUCAAGCUAAAGCUUCGAUCUUCUAAUGGCGUAAUAUUAAGCAAAAAAAUAUAUAUAAUAAUAAUAAAAAAGAAAUUUUCUUCUUUGUUUUCAGCCCAUUCUUCUCUGAAGAUGGCUUUAUUCGACGACGGCGAAGAGCUUCAAAACCCUCCAAUGGUGCUCGACGCUUUGUUCUGCGAAGAAGAGGGAUUGGGGGAGGAUUUGGGGGAAAACGAAGAGAACGAGAUUGCGAAGAAGCCCCAGGCUUUGGUCCUGCUCGAGAACGACCUGUUUUGGGAAGACGACGAGCUCGGAAACCUAAUCGCGAAAGAGGAGCGGCCCUGGUUUGAUUUCGAUUGCGGUGAUCUGAGCUCCGACGGCUCUCUAGUUGCGGCUCGGAAGGAGGCCGUCCACUGGAUUUUCACCGUCAAUGCACAUUAUGGCUUCUCUGCUCUGACGACUGUUCUCGCGGUGAACUACUUCGAUAGAUUCAUCUCAAGCCUCCAGUUCCAGAGGGACAAGCCGUGGAUGAGUCAACUCGCCGCCGUCGCUUGUCUCUCACUGGCCGCCAAAAUGGAGGAGACUCAUGUCCCUCUUCUUCUAGACCUCCAAGUUGAGGAAUCGAGAUUUGUGUUUGAAGCAAAGACUAUUCAGAGAAUGGAGCUUCUGGUGCUGUCGACUCUCAAGUGGAGGAUGCAUCCGGUGACCCCAAUUUCCUUCUUUAGUCACAUUGUUAGGAGGCUUGGUUUAAAGACCCAUUUGCAUUGGGAGUUUCUUUGGAGAUGUGAGCGCCUUCUUCUUUCUGUAAUUCCGGAUUCAAAAUUCGUGUGUUAUCUUCCUUCUGUAUUAGCUACUGCAACAAUGCUGCAUGUUAUCAAUGAGAUUGAGCCAUAUAAUCCGGUGGAGUACCAAGACCAGCUUUUGAGUGUACUUAAAAUCAAUGAGGACACAGUGAACGAGUGCUAUAAGCUCAUGCUCGAAACAUCAGGUGGCCAUGGAUACUCUCAGAGGCAUGGCCACAGCAAGCGCAAGCAUGUAUCCGUACCUGGCAGCCCAAAUGGAGUCAUUGACGCGUCUUUCAGCUGUGAUAACUCCAAUGAUUCUUGGGCUAUCGCAUCAUCUUCAUCAUCAUUAUCGUCCGUGGCAUGGACACCAGAGCCUCGAUUUAAAAGGAGCAGAGCACAGGAUCAGCAGAUGAGGUUGCCUCCAAUUAACCGUGUUUCUGUGGAUGUGCUUAGCAGCCCUCGUUAGGCUUUUGUCCUAUUGUCUUAUGGUACUAUAUACUAUCUCUCUUUAGCAAUAUUAUUGCACUAUCUGUUUCUGAUGUGCAAAAACACUCUGCUGCUCUGCUCCAUAUAUAUUUUUUGAUCAAAAUUUGUAACCAAUCCUAAGAAGUAUGUAGCAGACGGGAUGGGAAAAUGUUCUACUUUUCAUGAUUCAAGUAGGGAGAUAGUAGGAUCGGGAUUUUAGAAUAAUUAGAAGAGAUCUGAUUGUGGGGUUCAUCUACCAAUUCAGAAGCGUUUCCUUUUAACUGCUCGUCACACUAUUCUUGUAUGCAGUGGUCAUGAUCCGAAACAUAAUUCUUUAAUAACC